UAACAAAUUAAUUUAAAUUUUUGGAAUAUUAACAAUAACAAAACGGAAACUUUUUUAUUAACUAAAAGAAAUUAUUAUAUAGAGCAAAAUGGUAUCUUUAAAAUAAUUUUCAUAUGGGGGCAGAAAAUUAAUCAAUUUUGGAAAUUGAGUAUAAAAAAUUAAAUAAAAAAAGUGAUAUGCCAAAUACCAUUGUAAUGUAGAAAAAAAGAAAGAGAAAACAGUGAGAUAUUGACUGUUUAUUUUCACCUCUCUCUCUUAUUAAAGUUACGGCAAUAAAUGUCAAAAUAAAAUUAAUUUUGAAAAUGGCGAUGACGUUUCUCUCUUGUUAUUAAAAAAUUUUAUGGCAAUUGAAUAAUUUACUAGAUAUAUCUAUUUAUUUGAUAAAAAAAAACUGAAACAUUUAAAUAUUCAAAUUUAUUAAGUGAUAUUGUUUGUUGGUGUAUAAAAGAAAAAAAAAGAUAAAUUUUAAAAACUAAUAAUUAAAAAAUUAAUGUUUUAAAAGGAAAUAUGAAAACAUUGUAAAAAAACGUGCUUAGAUUUUUAAUUUAUAAAAAAUUUAAUAAAUUUACAAAUAAGUUGAAUGGUUUUACUAAUUUUUAAAUAUCGGACAUUAAAAAGCAGGUUUAGUUAGUGACAUAUUAAAUGGUUUCUACUUUUAUUAGUCUCCUCGAUAUUCAAUCAUGGUGGGAGAUUCCUUGUAUAGCUCAUUUUUGUUCAUUGUUUAGUUCAGCGUUUGAUUUGCCAGAUAUUGAUAUUGAGGAUUUAGAAUCAGCCCUUUUAACUGAUGGUACCGAAGAAACGGUUGGUCUUCUACCUGAGUUGAUCGUUAGAAUUUUGAAAGGAUGUGAUUUAUUAAGAACGAAUAGAGAUGAGAUCACAACCAGUAAUUAUCAGAUGUUUUUAAGGCGUUUCUUGCGUCACCAAUGUAGAAAAAACAACGUUGAAAAUUAUUUCGACACAGACACAGAUUUUUCCUCACUACCAGUAAGAAAUAAACUGCUUAUUCUGCAUUCCUUGUGUCAUUUUCGUUUGGAAUCAACCGAUGUAUUCUAUAAGUUUAAUAAUUUAGAAGCUAAUAGCCUACGUGUUGAGCCCUUGGGUUUUGAUUCCAAAAACUCUGGCUACUGGUACUUUUUUGGUACUCGUUUGUAUCGCGAAGAUAUUAAAUCGAACAGUGAAGAUACAAUUUGGCAAGUGGUUUGCUUUACUGAAGAGGACUGGCAAAAUUUAUCUACGAAAUUAAAAAGUUGUAAAACUAAAAAAGAACGUGCCUUGCUAAAGAUUCUAGAAGAAAAUUUUUUACCAAAAUUACCCCAACUAUUUCUUGAAAGGGAAAAAUUAAGGAGAAGAAAAUUAUUUCAAAACCGUAAUUCAGCUCGAAUACGUGCAACUGAUAUUAAAUACAAAGUUUUGCACGAGAAACAGGAUCUCGAACGUAUUGAAAGAGAAAAGUACGAAGAACAGUUGAAAUUAGCUGAAGCUACAAACAAAAAGAGACGACGAUCUCGAUCAGAAUCAUCUGGAAGCGGAGUGUCGACUUAUGCCAGUUCAAUUCGUCCUUCUUUAAAUUCUAGUGACUUUCUUUUUAAGCGUGAAAAAUUUUGUUUAUCUCCUGAUUUGGGUGCAUCUUCUUUAUCACCUCCACCAGCUUCACUAAUUCAUAACCACGCAUCCUUAUUUCCCCCAACACCAUCUCAAUCACCAACUUUAGAAAAAAGUUUGAAAACUUUCAAUGAUAUAGAUGAAUAUGAAGCCCCGUAUGAAGAAAUUGAAAAGAACAAACUCUGUCAUACUGAUAUAACGUAUAAAGAAGGAACUGUAACUGAAGCAAAAGUUUUCCUAGAAAUCAAUAAUCAGAAUAAUUCAACGCCAAAUCAAACAUUUUUUAAAGAUCAAAGAGAUUCUAACUUUACUCCAGAAAGCGUUUUGAAGUCGGAUAUAAAAAGUAACAAAUCAUCCAAUUGCAUUGGACAUAGUGAUGACUAUGAUGACGCUAUAUCUCUAAUAUCUUUCGACGAAGAUAAGGAAAAUUUAAUUUGUUACAAACGAUCAGAUACAGAAUCGGAAACAGAUUCGAUUAACUAUUAUAGUAAUUCGCCGACGUAUUGUGGUAUAGUUGGAGGGAAAAACGCGGUAGAUAUUAAAUUAGAAGAAAAAACAAAUAAUAUGGCGCCUAUUACAAGUUCAGCAACAGUCAAACUACCUGGUCGACAAACAAAUAACUCGUUGUCUUCCAUCAGUGAAAAUAUAUUUAUUCCAACUUUAGAAACCACCUCCGCUUCAAAGAAAAAUAUUAAAAAUAUGAGAACGGGAAAAAAGGAAAUGAAAGCUCCAAAAACAAAACCAACAAAAAAUGAAAAAACAGAAAAGAUUGCCAAAAAAACUAAAAACUCUCCAACUGAAAAGUCUGAUAAAAUUGUCGAAAAAAAUGAAGUUAUAGAUUCCGAUAAUUCUCAGAAAAAAAAGAAAUCAAGAAAUAGUGAAAGCUUCACUGAAACUGAUGAAGUGUUACAAAUUGGUAUGCAUAAAGUUCUCGUUUAUGUUAAAAAUCACCGUGAUGCCUGGCCGUUUAUGGAUCCUGUUGAAGAAGACAUUGCGCCUAGAUAUUAUUCGAUAAUUAGAAGGCCUAUGGAUUUACUUAAAAUGGAGGAUAAACUUGAUAAUGGAGAGUACAAAAAAUUCAGUGAAUUUCGAAAUGAUUUUAAAUUGAUAGUUAAUAACUGUCGCUUAUACAAUGGACAAAAUAAUGAAUAUACUGAAAUGGUUAAUAAUUUACAAGAAGCUUUUGAUAAAGCUACGAAAAAAUAUUUCGAUAAUCUGUCAGAUGAAGAAGAUGAAAUUGGAUAUCCUGAAUCAAAACUAAAUGUUUUCAGAGAAAAGUAUUUCAAUAAGAACAAUUCAAAUGAUGAAGAAAUUGACAAAAUUUCAAAUAAUAUUAUUAUUGAGAAUGAAGAAGAUAAUAAAGGUUUUACCUUGGGUGAAACAGAUGAAGAUGAUAGUAAAUUUGAAAGCAAAAGCAAAACCUCAAAAAGAAAGCAUAAAGAUAAAGAUAAAAGACGUAAAAAGAAAAUCAAAUUAGAUGAUACAAACUCAAUUCACAACGAUGAAACAGAUGAAGAAGACUAUGUUGACAAAGUGAAAAAGUUAGAUAAUGAAAAUGACGCUUUUGAAUGCGAUCAGGACGCAAAAAGCGAAGCUGAUUGUGAAAGUAAUGCAAAGGGCAAAAAUAAAAAAACCAAAAAAAUUACUGAAAUAAAUAAAUCAAAAAAGAAAGAUGAGAGUAAACAAAAGGAUAAAGAGAGAUACAGAAAACAAAAAGAGGAUCACUCAAAUAAAGAUGUUAAACAUAAAUCGAAGAUAAAAGAUUGUGAAAAAAAUAAAGAAACGAAUAUCAAAAAACAUGUAAAAAAAACUCAUUGGAAGAAUAAAGGCCAUAAAGAAGAAAAAGAAACCGCACAACAUUUAAAUGAAAUGGAAUGUGAUAUAAAAGAGACCGAUUGCAAAAAUACUGAAAAUCAAUGUAUUGAUACCAAAAGCAACAUGUAUGAUUUCGACCCAAGCGAAAUGUCAGACGAGAAUUUAGAAUCAAAAAAUAAAACGAAAAAACAUGGAGUAAAGGAUAAUAAAAAGCCGGAGAAAAUGUUGAAGUACAAAAAAGGAAAAGAAAAUCAACUUAAAUCAAAUAAAGGUAAACCUGCAAAGGGUAGUUCAGUGUCGUCUGAGUCACGAAGUAAGAAAAAGAGUAAUACCAAAAUUAAGAAAGAUAAGCCAAAUACAAAUUGUUUAGAUGAACUUGAUUCAAAAAGUGAAGACAGUGAAAUUGAAAAUCAAAUCGUUGGAGAUUGUGAAAAUGUUAAAAAAGCGUCAUUCUUUAGUGAUUCAUCUAGAUCCCCUACCCCAAAUUUCAAAAUUGAUUUACACAAAAAGUAUGCCAAUACUCUUACUCCUACCAAAAGUGCCUCUUUAGAAAGCCGUUUUUCUAAUGAUAUUGAAGAGAAUACUGUAAAAAAUGAUGAUAAUAUGGAAGAAAAUGACGACGGAGAGAUUCAAGACAUAAAAAUUGAUUCCAUAGACAAAGAAGAUGGAAGCGAAAAAAGAAAUGAAAAAAAAAUGAAGAAAAAUGCGCAAAAAAGAAACAAAGAUUUUAAAAGAAAAAAUAAUAUUUCGAAAAGUUCUCAUAAAAAUAGGGAGGACGAAAUUGAUCUGAAUACAAAACCUACAAAAAAUCAUUCAAAAAAAAUAAAAUCAAAACUCAAAAGUGUUACCCAUUUUACUGCAAAAUCUAAAGUAAUAAGCUUCAAAAAGUCUAAAAAGAAAAUUAAUAAAAUAUUUGAAGAGAAGAGUUCAACAAGAAAUGAAACUGAGGAAACUGGUGCAACUGAAGAUGUCAUAUCAAAUCGAAACCAAAGCUUAAGAUCUCGUAGUCAAAGUCCAAGCGUCUCUGACUGCAAUGAAAAAUCUUUUAAACAUAGAACAAAAUUAACAAAGAGCAGAAACAAAAUAGUGCAGGAAAGCAGAAAGCAAAAUAACCAAAAAGGAGGACUUAAAAAUAAGGUAAAAGAAUCAACUGAUUCAGAUGCGGGCAGUUCAGAUGAGGACGAGAAUAACAGCACUGUUGAAAAAGACGCAAACAAUGAUAUGCAAAUACCACUUUUUCUAGACAAAUAUGAUCUCAUAAAGCAGCGUAGAAGAUGUGCUGCGUUAAAUUCUAAAAAAGAAGAGGAGAAAGUUGUAAAAUCAUCUAACCAAACUGACAAAGGUAAAAUCAAAAAAGGGAAGGGUAUAAUAAAUUCAAAUAAGAAAAGGGGUAAAGUCCAAAAAUCAAAUAAAAUUGUUGAAAAAUCAAGAACAAAAAUUAAUAAAAAUAGAGACAGGAAAGGUUCUAUGGAAGAAGAAAUAUGUGAAUCCGAGAUUCGUUCUGAAGAGAAUGACCAAAAAGAAGAUUUACAAAAUCUGCAAGAUAAAAAUUUUGUUGAGAAAUCGAUUAAGCACACGGAAAAAAAUUUAAAGAAAUCUCAAACUGAUUCAGUUGUAGGAAAAAGUAAAGUUGCGAAAUCGCAAAAUAAUGUUAAUACUAUAUCAGAAACAAAAGACAACAGAACAAAAGAAACAAAGUCAAAAGAAAACAAACAAAAAGAAUCAAAACCCUUAAAGAAAAAAGAAGAAGAAAAACACGAUGUAACCCCAGGAGUUCUGGGAUCUUUGUUGCAAAACAAGAAAUCUCAUUUAAAAAAGCAUCAAAUUUUAGAAUCGCUAGCAACUAGCUUAUCGAGCACAUCAAAUUUGAUUAACAAGAAGAAGGGGAAAAGUACAUUAGGUACACCUCCUGUGGCAAUAGUAGCACCUACUCAAUCAUUGACAAAUAGUUCUCUUAUUAAAUGUGAUUCAGCUAAUAAGGCAACAAAUAUGGAAGCCCUUGAGCUCGAAACCGAACAGACUCUCAAAGACAUCAAUCGUUGGCUAGAACAUACACCAAGAUUUUCUGAAUUUAGCUCAGCUAGCAAUUCACCAAAUCGAUAUAAUUUGCUUGAUGAUUUCGAUGCUGUAGCAGCAAAACUUGAUCCAGCUGAUUUUCGCCGGCCAGGAGAUACCAUUAAUACGGGUACUGUUAACGGAUCUGUGGCGCCUGCCAUAAAAAGCGAUGUCGAUUCUAAAUUAGUUGAAAAUUUUGAUGAAACAAAAAAACCGCCGCAUGAUAAUAAGCUUAUUAGUGAUUUAAUACCAGUAGCUCCAGCUUCAAACAAAAUAAAUAUUUUGAACAAUAAAGAAUUGGACUCGCAAAAUUUAAGUGGAACAAACAUGGUUACGCAUCCUAGUAUGAGCUCAACUUCAAUAGUUGGAUCUUCUUCUUCACCCAUAAAUCAUAAAUCAAAAGAACCGAAUACCACUCAACUAUUGCCUCAUCCUCCGCCACCUCCACCUCAUAUCAAAAAUCAAUUGCAAAAAGAAGCAAAACGAAAAAGCUUAAAGGAAAAACUUAGUGGAGUGGGUAGGCGGAAAGAUCUAUUGAGGACUAUUGAUCGAUUACAUCCUGGAAAAUCAAAAGGAAAUUUGCUUACUGCAAAUAAACCUGAAGAAAUUUUUCCAUUAGGUGCCGUAUCUAAAGUAAAAGAAGUAAAAAAUUCUUUAGUGGUGGAGACUGAUGAAAGCGCACCUAAGCUUAGCUUAGGCAGCGUAUUAAAUACAUCUGGGUUUGGGUUAGGUCAGUUGCAUAACUUUGGUGACGAAAUAGCAUCAAAUGACUUUAAAAUAAGUGAAGCUAUAACCUUGAGUGAAGAGAGUGAUAAUACAAUAAAAAACGAUGCGGUAAUGGAAAAAUCGGAAAAGCCAAGCGAAAAUUCAGAUGAAAUUGUUAUAGACAAGGAAUGUUACGAAGAAACACGAAAAGACGACACUAAACCCUUUCAGUGCAAAAAAGAAGAGCUUCUACCUAAAAGUGAAACAAAAUUAGAAGAUGGAAAGUCAUCCUCAGCUACUCCUAAUUUAAGCGCUUGGUUUAAAGCUUUUGGUGCUCCCAAGAAAACAAAAAAACCGGAGGAUGAAGACGAAAAGAAAAAGUUGGAGUUGGCAGAAUCUGGAAACAAUAAUCAAAAUAUCUCAGAAGAUCCUUCCACAAGCCCUAAUAAAAAUUUGAAAUCACCAGCACAAAAUGGUCAAGACAAUUUCUCUCUCCCAGCUCCUAGACAGCGGAAGGCUAGUACAGGAAGUACUGUUUCUGAAAGAUCUUCUUACAGUCACGAUCCAGAUAGUCCAAGAAUAGGAAUCGAAGAUAGAUUUGGUCCGUAUCCUAGUUCUUAUACUUCACCAAUCGGAACUUCACCAAUAAUGGUUUCACCAAAACCAGAUGAAGUUUCUAAGCCUUCAUCCCCAUAUCCCUUGAAUGGAACAAUAAAAGUUGGCUUUUAUCAAGAUACAACAACAAAAAGUUCACCAGAAAAGAGUUGCAGUCCAAGAGAGCUACCUUCUUCAGCGUAUGCUCAAUAUUCGCAGCAUAUUUAUUCUGGAAAUUCUCCAAAUAUUAAUGCAAGUACAGAUACUGCUUCUUCAGUGAUAGCUCCCUAUGGAGCCGGAAAUAACCAAACUGGUAAUUCGGUGACUAAUGGAACUUCAGCAUACAAUGUAAAUAACGAUCAAAAGAAAACUCCCAGUUCAUCCAGUUUUUCACCUAGAUCUCCGGUACAACCUCCAACACCUACGCUUUACGAACAAUAUAAACAACCACAGUCACAAGAAUCGGAUUAUAAUUCAUCAAUGAGCCCAAGUACCAAUCCCAAUUCACCUUAUCAACAACCCCAGUCAUCUCCUUACCAUCAUAAUUCAAGCUCACCGUACCACCAAAGCAGUAAUCCCAAUUCUCCAUAUCAACAACCUCACUCUCCUUUUUCAAAUCAACAAGGUCAAUCAGGACAAGGUCCUCCAUCCUCAGGUCCUCCAAGUGUUGGAUCGAUGCACAUUGUAACUAACUCACCUAAUCAUCCGAAUAGUGAAUCGCCUAGAGGACAGAAUUCUCCAUACCAACAGCAAAUGAAUUCCCCUUACCAGCAAUCUGACCAUUCUUCACCGUAUAAUCAGAAUCAAAAUCCAACUUCUCCAUAUCAACAAUCAUCUUCUCCAGCCCACUCUUCCGUAGUGGUGCCAUCACAACAAUCUUCACAAUCGAAUACGCAAACAAAAACAAAUUUUGCACACUCACCGAACUUGAAUUUAGAAACUGCCCCAUCCGCUUUAGAAAAGCAUCAAAUGAAAUUGCAGAAACCUGAAAAUGAAAAUAUUUACGAAAGUCCCGAGGCAUGUUCCAAUGAUGGAAAUUUAAAAGUGGUUGGAAAUCAAAACACAGAUGGCUCAAACCAAAAAUUGCAAGUUCAAUCAGCAACAAUUCAACACGGAAACUCGAAUCAAAUACAGCAAAACAUUAUUCAACCUCAGCAUCAAAAUUCACAGUCACAACCUCAACCUCAACAACUAGUUUCCCAAAUUGUACAAUCCCCACAUUAUCAUACAACACAUUCACAGUCUCAAAACCAAAAUCAAGUUUCACGUGGUGCAUUUGAAUCCAGUGCAAUAAAUUCAAAUUCUGUGUUAAAUCAGGAAUUGGGACAGAUUUCCAAUCAGCCUUCAGAUCAAGCAUCACAAGCAAACUCAACAGUGACUGACAAAAGUAAUUUAGGUUUACAACCGCAAUAUGCAAAAUAUCCACAAUAUAGUAUUCCUUCAAGCUCAGACAAGAGUAGCAGUCAAUGUAAUGAUUUUGUAAGCGAUUUGUCAUUGCAAUUAGCAUCAAAACAAAAUUCAAUUAAUGUACCAGGGUCACAAACACAAGUUUCGCAGCAGCAGAAACAACAACUUCAGCAGUCUUUACAGCGAUCUAUGAAUUCACAAAAUUUGCAUCAAUCUACGCAUAACAUUCAAAAUCCGCAAGUGCAGCAACAGCAACAAAACUCUUCGCAUAAUAUACAGCAAACGCCACAACAAAUAAAACGUAAUUAUGAAACUUCCGCACCUACGAUGAAUGUAAAUUACGCGCAACAAAACCAAAAUGCGAUUAACGAUAUUAAAAGCUUAAAAAGUGAAGAGAAACAAUUACUAUUGCAUCAGCAGCAGCAACGAGAGCAACAUCAACAGCAACAUCAAGAACAAUCGCAAGUCUCACAACAGCAAACAUUGUACGAUUCUGCUGCGAUAAAUAAACACCAACAAAUGUUUGAUGGUUUCUUAAGUUCAAUGACUGCUGCAAAAAAUAUUGGCUUCAAUAAAUCUCUAGAUAUAACAUCAAGUAAAGCAUACGAAGUAUUAAACAAAGCGGCAGCAAUGGGAUUUUCUAACCCUUUAGUCCAAGCUGCAGCUGCUGCUGCAAUGUCGAACAAAGAUAAUUUACAACAACAUCAACCAAUCAUUUCCUCUCACAUUAGUCAACAACAAAAAAAUGAAAAUUUGACAAACCUAUAUUCUCAGCCACUUGCGCAAGUAAAUAAUAAUAAUCGAAUUAAUUUAUCACAUCAAUCACAGUCUCUGCAAUCACAACAGCAUCAGCAGCAACAACAACAGCAACCAUCACAAACACAACAAUUACAGCAACAAAGACCUCUUCAAUCUCAACGUUCUCAGCAAUCCCAACAACCAUCAAAUUCACAUAAUCCACAGUCUUCAGCCAUCCCUCUAUAUGGUGGAUCCAAGUCUUCACAUAAUGUGGCCACAAAUAAUGCACCAUACGGCUCUCAAAAUAUUGGUCAAAGAAAUGAAAAUAACCCUACUGAACUUAUACCAAAUUCACUGAACAGAAAUUUAGACUUAUCAAAUUAUAAAACAUCUUCAACAUACCAAAACUCUAGCAACAUAAUAGAUCAUACAAUGCGGCACCACUCGAGUUUAACUCAAAUGAUGGAUGACACUAAUAUGCUUGCACUACAAAAUAACACACCUGGUACAAUGGGUACUAGUUAUUAUGAUAAAAAUGUUCCACCAGCUGCACAUAUGUUCAGCAAAAAUUUACCACAACAACUAUAUCAGAAUUCUUCGACAAUAUAUGGUGGAAGGGAUCAGCAGAACCUGCCUCCACCAGGUAAUUAUCCGAUUUUUUUAUUAGGAAAUUAUGUGCCCCAAAGUAAUCAAUCCUCCAGUAGCGCAAACAGUAAUGUUAACCCUCAAGGAGAGCAAGUACCAUCAGCUACGUCUACUGAUCAGAAACAAACUAAGCGCAAUAAGAAAAAGAAGGUUACUGAGCUUGCAAAUUUAAAUCAGAGCACCAUCAAUCAUCAGUCGCCUGUUUCGAACAUUCAACAACAGCCCCAAAAUCUGCAACUUCAACAACAUCAACAACAAGAACAGCAAAUUUUAAAUAAUAAUAGUUCACAAAAUACCACAAAUACACCUGGAAAUAAUAUUACGCAAAAUGUUGCUUCCGCACACCAGGGUUUUCAAUUAUAUGCUGGGUUAAAAACUGCAGCGGCUGUUGUAGCAGCUUCAACCUCUACAAAUCAAACUAUAUCAGGAACAUCAAACAAUACUUCAACGGACCCUUCAGCAUUAUCGCUGAAAACAGCGGCAGCUGCGGCAAGCAUGGUAUCAGGAAGUGCUUUCAAUUUCGGUCCUUCGCCAACUGGUCUCCCUCUACCCAGUGGCUUAUAUGGUGAUAACUCAACUUAUUUAGAGGAAUUUCGUAACGCUAACCCAUAUUAUAUUCCACCUACUCACCAUCGCGUACCACAAGAUUCCACAAAUAAUCCAAACCAAACCAGUGUUUCAGAAAAAACUCAAUCAUCUACUAUUAAUAAUAAUACCACACCAAGUGUCGCACCUGCGGCCCCAUCACCUUAUCAUCAAUUUUUAACCGCAGCUGCGCACCCAGCAACGCAACGUGGUAGUUAUCCAUUUAUGAAUUCACCCCAAUUGGAUCCAAAUUCUCCUUUGUAUACACAAUAUUUAAGACCAGAUGAGUUUCGCGCUAGAAUGAUGCAAAAUUUAAGUCAAAGUUUGCUGCCUCCUGGAGCAACUGCUGGUUAUCCUCAAGCUGGAUAUAGACCAACUUUGGGUAUGCCGAAACCAUAUGACAUGAAUAACAGGCAACCAUGGUUUUAAAAUAACUUAUAUAUAAAUAAGAAUCUAAUUUAAGACUUAAUUUAAAUAACCCUUUUUAAAUUUAAAACUAGUAUCAUUUAGUAAGCAGAUUUUUAUUAUGGAGACCAAAGACCAAUUUAAAAAUUUACAUAAAAUGUAAAUAACUUAAAAAAAAUUAUACAAAGAGACUUUGAACACUUUAAAUUUCUAGUAAAUACAUAUUCAUAAGUAAAUCAGUGAAAUAUUGAGCAUUUUCGUAAAAUAAUAAUUAACUUUCUUUUAUUUUUAUUCGCAUAUGUACAUAUAUAAAUUUAAUAUCUUCUCGAAUUGUUUCAGAAUAUGUAUUACAGACUUUUGGUUUUUUUAUAACUAAGUAAAAUUAAUUUGCCUUUAAUGCUUUUCUUGUAAGCAUUUAUAAGCUAUGAAAACUAAGAACUCGACAAUUUUGUCAUUUUUUCCUUAAUUUUCUAUUAUUACCAAAAGGGAACAAUUUAACAAUUUAAACUGUCUUUCUUUCAUAUACAUGCGCCACUUUCAGAAGUCUUAAAAAUACUCGUGAAGUCUCCGAAUACAUAUAGUUAAUAUUACAAAAAAAAUACAAAUGUUAAAAUAAUAAAUAUUAAAAUAAAGUUAGAGUAAGAGUUAUCAAAAAUAUUAUUUUCAUUAAGUUAGGAAUAAUAAAAAUAUAUUGACAAAAAUGAAAUUAGUGUUUCUUCCUUGUAAAUUUUAGUUAUCUAUGUAAAAAGCUAACCUUAUAAUUUUACAAUUGUUAUUAUUAGUUAUUAUGUGUAAACACAAUGUUAAAAUUUAUUUUAUUUUAGAACGUAAAUUUAAAUUAAUAAAAACAUAAUUACAAUUUAAGUAAGUAAAUUAGAGCGAAAAUAUUUUUUCAUGGGAAUUUCAAUUUAUAUUUUCUGUUCUGAUUAAGUAUUCUGCAUCUAUAUUAUUUUUAAGAAAGUAGGAGAACAAAACCGAAAAAAAAAAACAGAAAUGCCAGAAGAAACUUCAUACAUACAUAUUUUAAGUUAUAAUUGCUUGAUGCUUAGGUUAUUAAUAAUGUUAUUAUUCAUUUAAUGAAUAAAAUUGCAUUUAACUAAUAAAUUAUUUAGCGUUAAUGAAUAUGUAGAAAAUAAAGUUUAGGAGAAAAUGUUUGUUUUAGAAUAUGCUUAGUUAUUUUUUAUUAGUUUUGAACUGACGCAAAUGUAUAUUUUUUAAUUUCUAUUUAAUUGUUAAGGUAUGCACUGGUAACAUUAAUUAAUAUUUGUAUAAUCAUCACUUUAGAGAUAAAAUAAAAUAAUAUACAUUUUUCAUUAGUUACAUAUACAAAUUUUAAGUGUACAAUUAAAAAUUAAUUACAUUUACAAAUUUUGUAAAUUUUAUUUGGUAAUUUCUAUUUCUUUUUCUUAACAACUUUUUUUGUCUUUAUUUCGCACUGUUGUAUUACACUUUUUAUAAUAGGAUCGUACUUUAGUUUAACAUUAUUACUAUUGGAGCAUAUAAUACAGAAAAAUUAGAAACAAACAUUUUCCUUUAUUAAUAACAAAAUUGAAAAGAAUGAUAAAAAAAAUGUAUAAAAAUUUAAAUUUAAACGUUAAAUAUGAGAAAAAAAAAACUAAAGUGCAAAAACAUAAUUUAAAAAAUUAAAAAGUCUUUAAAUUUAGGAUAAUAUUUAGUUGUUAAUAUAAGAGAACAAUAAUUAAAUUUAAAAUAAAGUACAGCAUUAAAUUCUUAAAAAAUGAAAUAGAGAAAACAAGUAAAUAUCUCCGAGUGAAACGUGCACUUACAGCAAAACUUGCACAAAUUAUAAAAUAUGUUAUUCAUAAUUCUUUAAUUAAUAAAUUUAAAUAAUAAAUUUUAAAACUCAAGCAAAUGGAACAAAUAAAAAAUUUGUUGAGAAUAUAUUACUAAAUGCAAGUUGCAAAAACAAAAAGUAAAUGACCUAAUAUGCUGUAGUGUUUUAGAAGAAAGUAAAAGUAUAACAUCUUUUCUGAUCUUAUUUACCUUAUUUAAUCUUAUUUGUUUUUUGUGGAAAAGUACAUACAUUUUUUUUUAAUUUAUAUAUAUUUAGUUUUCAUAAUUUAUUAAAUUGAAAAAAUUCUACAAUUUGUAAAAUUUUCGCUUCAAUGUUUUGUUAUAACGAAAUGUGUUGUAUGUUUUAUUAAAUAAUUGUCAAAAGCAACUACUUAUUUCUUUAGAAUUAACAAAUCGUAAAAUAUUUGAUUGUAUUACAUCAACACAGCACAGGCAAACACUGCCUUAAGAUAUUUUUUAAUGCUUAAUUAAUGAAACUUGCAUUUUCUUAACAAAAAUGAAUAGAGUUUUUGCAAACAGUAAUGUAAUCCGGUCAUUGAAAAUUAACUAAGAAGCUGUUUUUGUUAUCAGCUAUGGUGACAAUCCUACUUGCACGAAAGGAGUGUAUAAUAAUGUAUAUAAUAGGAAUGUUACAAGUAUUCUUCAAAUUGAAUUAAAAUAUUAGAUUUGUUAAUCUAAUGUAUCUAGUUUAUAUGUAAUGCAUUAGUUCCAUAAAUUUAUUUACUUAUUAAGAAUUCUUUUUAUUUAUCAUGAAAAAAUUGUAGAAAACAUAUAUACAAAAUAAAGGCAUUGUAAUAAACUAUUGUACAUAAUUAUUGUAAUAUUAGUAUUAUAUGAAAAAAAUUUAAAUUAUAAAUAUUCAAAAUAAAAGUUGAAAUUGGAAUGUAAAUGGAUAUAUAAAUUAUAGUAUAUAUUUGUACAAAUCAAAAUUAAGAUUAUUUAUAAUAGUUAUUUAAUUUUAUUUUUAUUUUCAAAAUUUUACUUCAUCGUUCUACAGUAAUUAAAAAUCUGAGUAUAUAUUUUGUAUUUAAAAGAAAAUUAACAUAAUUUGUUAUUUUUCACAAA